CUUUUCUCUCUAAAUCUUUCUCCAAAUCCAAGUCCCAAAAUCAAAGCCAAGCUCAUUCCAUACGUAAUUUGUAGUGAUUGUAUGUAGUUUUGGAAAUACUAUUUAGAAUAUUUUGCCAAAAAGAUACUUACUAGAGCAUCUCAUGAAAGUUUAAUUUGAUUGAAAGACGAUAAGUUUUGUAGCUACUCAUCCUUCAUCUUAAUAUUGUCAACUGUCUGUUACUAAAGGUACUUAAUUCAAGGAGAAUAACAUGUCGAGAGAACACGAAUUACCCUCUGACUCUGACGAAGAUGAUGAAGAUUACAUUCCUGAUAAAGCUGAGAAUGAUCCAGUGUCAGAAGUUGAUUCAGAAGAUGAUGCUGAAAGUGGUGCAGAAAAUGAAAACGACGAGAACCAGGAAGGUGGCAAAAUUAAGAAAAAGAAACGUGGUGCAGUAAGUAAGGGCAAAGGACGGAAUCGGAAAAGAAAGUUGGAAGAAAGCUCAACAAAGGGAAAAGAAAAAGAAAUUGAUGAGGUGCCAGUGGAGAAGAAGCAAUUGUCUGAAGAAGAAGAAAGGAAGAAAGCAGAUUCUCUGUGGGCUGAUUUUAUGAAAGAUGCAGCAUUUACUCCAAAACCCAAACUACAAAAUUCUACAAACUGUUCAAGGGACAAAUCUCCACCUGUCAUAAAACCAAAAGUGGAAGAAAAAGUGAAGAUAACAAAAGUAUUUGAAUUUGCUGGAGAAGAGGUUAAAGUUGAAAAGGAAGUAUCUAUUGACUCUGCAGAGGCAAGACUCUGUGCAUCUUCCACAGAGAGUUCCAUAAAAGAAUCAAUUCCUUCACUAGCACAUACAGGACGACCAUCUUGGGGUAGGGUUAGUGCACGUUCUGGCUUGGGUGGAAUAUCCUCAGUUCUGGGACAACUUGGCAAAAAGGCAAAGAUCAGCACUCUAGAGAAAUCUAAAUUGGACUGGGAUAAUUUUAAGAAACAGGAAAACCUGGAGGAAGAAAUCACUUCUCAUAACAGGGGGAAGGACGGCUACUUAGAACGACAAGAUUUCCUCCAAAGAGCAGAUCUGCGACAAUUUGAAAUCGAGAAACAACUAAGGAACACUGGUAGACGCAGUGCACGAUGAGCUCUUCCAUUGAACAACGCGAUAUCCUCGUUCUGAUUCACGUGCUUGCUACUAUCUUUUUAUUUCGAGGUUAUUUGUAUCCUCAGUGAAUUCCUUCAGAAUCCUUGAUGUUUUCGGCAACGUAAAGAUCAGCAAAUAUAUUGUGCUUAGAAGAAGACACAGGGAUAGAAAGAAAAGGAGUAAGCAUGCUUAAGGACAGACAAGGACUAAGCAUUCCAGUGUAUUGAAAAUAAUUGAAUAUGUAACGAAUGCCUUGAGAUUUGCUUGGCCCAUGAUCACUGCCUUUCGGAGAGUGAGACAAACGCCUCGGUUUUCUCAUAUUCAUCAUUUUUUACUAGCGCCCUAUGAUAUACUCUUGGUGUUUAAUUUUAUUUUACGACUUAAGCAACUCAGGUAAUGACUUUCUUGACAGUUUAACGCAUCUGCAAAAUGGCGAUAUCCUAUGCUAUCAAUUCGUGUAAUAUAAUAUACGUCUGUAUUGUGGAUACACGUAAUAAUAACAGUAUCUAUUUAUGUCCAAUGCAGGAGUUACCUAAUAAAUUUGAAGACACAUCGAUGA